UCUCACUCUCAUGGCCGGAACCAAACGCUCCUGGGAAGGCACUCUUCUCCGCGAUAAGGACACACAAGCGGAUACGGCCGACGUCACGAUGAGCGACCAAUCGAGCCAGAUCCUGUCCAUCUUUGGGACGUUCCGCGACGAGCUGGAUGAGCAUCAUGAUCGGCGGGAGAGACUGACCAAGAUCAGUCGGGAUAUUACGGCCUUGAGCAAGAAGAUUAUCUUCUCUUUACAGCGAGUCCGCACCCUCAACGCCCCCCUUCCCCCAAACAUCACCAAAGAAACCACCUCCCGAUUCGCCCAAAUCACCGAACUCUUCAAGACCGCCCUCCCAGACAUCACCGCCCCACUGCACAAACACCGCUACGCGCGCCAGAUCAGCCCAGGCCUACAAGAGUUCAUCGAAGCGCUCUCCUUCCACCACUACCUCGAGACCCAAACGCUCAUCACAAUCGACGAGGUGCGCGCGCGGCUCCUCGACGGCGCGGUGCCCGUCUCCGAGGAAGACUACCUAAUGGGUGUGUUCGACCUUACAGGCGAGAUGAUGCGGUUUGCCAUUACGUCCUUGUCAAGCGGGGUUAUCGAGCGAUCGGAGGCGGAGGCUGAGUCGAAUAUCAUGUAUCCGCGUCUGGCGGCACCGCAGGCAGGGAUCGUGUUCGACCUGCGCGAGGUGCGAUCGCUGGCGGAGGCACUGAGUGUCCCGCGGAAGCAUGGGUGGAUGUUUCGCGAUCUACACAAGAAAGUCGAAGUCAUGCAGGCGAGUGUGGAGAAGGUGGAGCGGGCGGCGUAUGGGGUUCUGGUGCGUGGGAGUGAGAGGCCAGCGGGGUGGAUGCCGGAUUUGAGCGCGGAGCAGGUGGAGGUUGCUUGAUUUACCUUAUGAGUGUGUAUAAAGUGGGAGGACAGGUGUAGGGAUAUGAUAUGUACGUGUGAUGAGAAAGUACCCGAGUGACGAGUAUGAACAAUAGAUGAACUGCA